GGGCAGGGCGGAACCUCAGUCACAGGUAGUCAUGAAGAUAUUCUUAUUGAAUGAACAAGCUCAUUUUGGGUUAAAUGAAGCACCUACGGCAUUUUUGAACGAACUGUGGAUAUGUUAAAGUAACUGGCUGCGACUCAAAUAGUGAUAUCUGCAUUUAUGUGCCCACAGCUGUCUUUGUUCAUCAGACUACUGCAGGAGAACACCAGCUAUGGGAAUCUUUCAGAAGACAAAGAACGCUUUCAAAUGCGUGCUUUGUUUUCCAAUUGCUUUCACGGUGCUCUACUUCACAUCUCCGUCUUUGAGAAUUUUAAUUGGUCUCCUACCUAUGGAGAAAUGUUCUCUGGAAAGUGCAGAGAUGCUGAGUCUGGACAACAGAGUCGACGCCAGCCUGAAGCUUUGGUCUAGACGAGAUGUGCUGACAUGCACGACUUGGAAAGCUCCUGUUAUCUGGGAGGGGAUGUUUGACUCUAAUCUCUACGACCAGUUUCACAAACAGAAGGGAACUUCUGUCGCUCUGACCGUGUUUGCAGUGGGCAGGUACCUGGACGCUUACCUCAACACCUUCCUGAACUCUUCAGAACGUCACUUCAUGUUGGGUUUGCCUGUGACGUACUAUGUAUUCACUGACAUGCCAGAGAAGGUGCCAGACAUCAAGCUUGGUCCUCAGCGAAGCCUGAAAGUGAUUAAAGUGGAGAAGCACUCCAGGUGGCAGGACAUCUCUAUGAUGCGAAUGAGGUCAAUCUCAGAUAUCAUAGAGUCGGAUAUUCGCCACCACUCCACACAUAUCUUCUGUUUCGAUGUGGAUCAGGUGUUUACCGGGAGAUUUGGCCCUGAGGCUCUGGGAGAGUCUGUGGCUCUGCUGCAUGCCUACUACUACCGCCUCCCAAAGAGGUUUUUUACCUACGACCACAACCCCAAAUCCAAGGCGUACAUGGAAACCGGGGAUUUCUAUUACCACGCUGCCAUCUUUGGAGGCUCAUGGAGAAGUGUGAAAGCUUUGACUGAAGCCUGCUACCAAAGCAUCAUGGAGGAUAAAAAUCAUAAUGUGGAGGCUCUGUGGCACGACGAGAGUCAUCUAAACAAGUACUUUUGGUUACACAAACCAAGCAGAGUGCUUUCCCCAGAGUACUGCUGGGACCCCGACAUUGGCUACAGGAGAGACAUUCAAGUCACCCGACUACAGUGGGCACCGAAACAUUAUGAGACGCUGCGCAGAUCCUAGUGUGUUUUAGGUAUUUGUGAAGAAAUUCCAAACUACAUGUAAUUAACUUCAGGUUAUCCUGAACUGACAACAUGGUUUACAGUAAAUCCUCGUCCAUGUCCUCAUUCAAAUGCUUCUUUAUCAGUUCUGUCGGUCUGUUACUCCAAUUACAUUUACAGAGGAUGAUAUUUUAUUAUUUACCAAAUAAAUACUUGUUCAUGGACAGUUGAAUUCACCCUGAGGUGUAAAUAAUGCAUUGUGCCUAGUAUAUAAAUGAUCCGGUCUGCCUUUCCCUUUUUUUCAGAUGGAACUUGUGUAUCUGACAUGGUAACAACUAAUCCCAUUCACUUCCAUCCAUGCAUGCAUUUUAUACCAGGUACCAGCUGGCAUGUUCAGUGUUUGUUGUUCACUGAGAUGGACGGCAUGGGGAUGGGAUCAGUUGUGAUGAUGAUUUGGUAUGAGAGAUAUGAGACAUAGCAAAACUCUUAAACAAGGUUUUAAGUGGACUGAAAUUACAAAGUUAUAUUAUAUAUUUUUUCCUUUUAAUUCUCCAGUUGACUUACUAGUUGAUAGUUUCUUAUACUGAUCAUGUAUAAAAUGUUUAAUUAGCUUAACCAUUCAGUUAUUAAAAAGUACUGUAACUCAGGACUGUGUAAAUCAACUGUUGAUGUGAUCAUUUGUGUUUCUUAUGAUUGUAUAAGCUCUGGAGGAUGUUUAGGCAUUACAACAGUACCUGAUGAGAUUUUUUCAGCAGAUGUUGAAGUUAUAUUAUUCUAUUGCUGUUCUGUAACAAAGUCAGCUGUAUUUGUUGUUUGUUUUUAAAGAUGUGGUACUGAAAUGUUCUUUUCUAAAACUCUUUCAAUAAGAAAUGCACAACAACAAAACUCA